ACAAGUUAAAAAAGUCUCUGCUGUACCAUCAUUAGACUUAAGCGCAUGUUUGACUUCGCAGAUCAGUAGCUUUCAAGGAACGUGACAUCAGUAGAUUUCUGGCGCAAGAAUAACUUGGAAUUUGACGGUUCGGUGGAAAACCAUUCUUUCCCUCGAGAUUUUAUGAGCGUACUGUGCAGACAUUUCAAUUCUCUUCUUCCACUGCAGCACCAACACUCGCUCAAUUUCGUGUGAGAAACUUAUUGGCCUUCCUGGCUCAUAAAAUAAUUGUGAAAUGAUAGGACUGUAAGAUGGACCUUUCCGUCGGAUACCUUUUCUUCUACGAAUUUGUCUGUUGCCCUCUGGAUGAAGUUCUUUCGGGCGUUUACUUCCAAGGUUUAUAGAUUGCAAGCAAGCAAAAUUUCAAAUUUCAAGUGUAAAAGAAUUCCAAAAAAAAAUCCAUCAGAUUUUUAACAGACUUCCAAAACUGCAAAAUAAAUUUAUUGAAUUUUAAAAAAUUCCAUGGACUUGCAAAGAAUUCCAUUACAUUUCUUAAAUUCCAAACUCCCCAAUAUCGGAAAAAUAUGGGACCAAUGUCAGACUUCAAGUUUUUUAACCGCGUUUCUUCUGAAAUAAAGCAAGGUCUUUUUGUUCCUAGGAAUGUAAGGUCAAACGGCGCAAUCGGUUAUUGCGCUUGCUCAAGCUGCACGACCUUGCCAGUUUCAAUCUUGGAUUUUCGUAUAUCAUUAGAAAACUAAAAUCGAUUAAUCGGUAAUUAACGGACCUAAACUUAAUAAGAGAGAAACUAGAUGUAAAAACAAUUUAAAUAUUCCUACCGGAGCGAUCGAAAAACUGAUAAAUUUAAUACUUAACUUAGAUGCGUUAUCGGCGGCAGAACUAAUAAUUACACAAAAUGAAAACACGCCUCGUCUUCUAGAGCAAAUGUGUAAAUUCAGAAACUACGUAGUAACGAAGCGGCCGACUUAUAAGGCCUCUGGAUACCGGGUGUUCAGCAAAGUUGGUCGACUUCACAAAUAUACGGUGCGGUCACAACUUCGGGUAUGAAACUCAAGGCUUCGUUACAUGACUACUAACCCCCUCCUUGCACGGUCAGGUCAGCUGUCUUUGCAACAAAAACCCUACUAAGAUGGAAUUACGCUCUAUAUCUCCGACAGAGUCUAAAACCUCCGGAAACCACUAUGAGAACAAUAUUCCAUAGAAUUUAAGUAAGCAGGAAAACGAUAGCAAUUCUUUUAAAUUUGAAAAUUGUUUAUCGUAAAUUCGUUAUACAAAAUAAUAAGGAAUUCGAAUUGUGAAAACUUGAACGAUUUAAUUUUGUGCAGUGACAUCUAAUGCAUACAUCCUGUACAUAAUUUUACUGAACAUGUUUAUACUGCAGUUCAAUAGAGGGCCUAAAUAGUAUACUUGUGUUACCUAUGAAGAGUAUAUGGUUAGCCUUAGCAAUCUGUUCUUUGUGUAUUUACGAUGUCGCAAUAACACGGUAGUACGAAUAUAAUGCCGAAAACGCGAAAGGUGUACGAUAUUCCGUAGCCAAAAUCUCAAUCGAUUAAUAAAAAGCUUAAAAGGCGCCCGAACACCCGACACUUAUUGCCCGAAAAAAAAUCAGAUUGAGAUCAGAUUAGGUAUCCCAAACCCUCUGGGAGAUACUGGGUGGCCGUCGCACAUUCUUCUAAACUGAACAAAUUAAAUUAAAUUCGAUUUCUAGGGGCGUUCAUAAAAAUAUGAAAAAGCAGCUUAAUUUUAAUUGCGUUAGGUCAGAAAUUUCCGUUGGGUGAAAUGGGUGCGAUUAGAAUGUAGUAAGUCAAGGUUCUACGAGAGGUAUCUAUCUGAUAGGGAAAGAUUCUAGUGGAGUAGUGCAACCGCCAACCACGUCAUGGGAAGUCAGUGUCAUGAAUCGCGAAAUGACGUUGCAUCAGAGCCAAUUGUGUAACAGCAAGUCCGUGUGAGAGCGAAAAACCGGAUUAGUGAUUCCAUUCGUGUCCUUUUCUACUUCUGUCAGCAAAGAUAAGUACUCCCUUUGUGCAUCGUCGCUAUCAGAGAAACAAUACGAUCGUGAUAAGAGCUGCGAGAAAUUUCUGCGAUAAGCUUACACCCUUUAGAUAACUAUAACAGUUCAAUGAAUGAAUCUUGUCAGUGCAAAAAUCGGAUACACCAAGCAAAAACUAUCGAAUCUCUUCGCAGAAAUAAAUUAAACCCAUCCAAUUAUCGCAGUUUUCAACAAAGCAAAAUAAGAUACCAAGAAAUACAUGCAAGUUACUUCAAGUCGACCACUCGAGAUAAACUAUCCGCGAUUACAUACGUAUAUAAAGGAUGCCCACUUAUACGAAGUUAGUUGUGGUUUUUCGACAAGAUGUAUCUCAGAUUGGUGCUAAUUUUUGCGCUAGUUCAAUUUUCUACGCCAACAACGAUAAGUGAUUGGAAGUACAAUCUGUACAGAGGUCUACAACACUAUGUUCGCACUGGAGAGGAGUCAGACCAAUUGCGCCUCACUGCGAGAGAAAUUGCGUUUCCACAGUUAUUCCGCAAGUCAUAUGUCCGGAAACAGAGAGACAUGAUGGAAAGCAUUGUGUGUCCGGCAUGUGACAUUGGUUUGGGAAUAGUUAUAACAGCUCGGCGAGCAGGAGCUUCAGUGGAAACAUUGGGAGAUAUAAUAGAGUUUAUCUGCAAGAGUAUUAUAAUAGAAUCAGCCGAAGUAUGCAAGGGAGUUGUAGAACUUAACAGAGACAUUUUGGGGUAUAUCAUCGAUAAUAAACCAGAUUUAACUUCCGAGAGAGUGUGUUCCAUCCUUCUUCAAAAUUUCAACUGCAAAGACAGCAACCGUACAGAUUGGACAAUAAAAAUUCCGCCUCGCUUAAGAAAUAAUGCCCCGCAAGUACAAGAUCCGAAGCCGGGAAAGUCGUACAAGAUUUUACAGCUGACUGACAUGCAUUAUGAUCCCGAUUAUAAGAUCGGAUCAAAUGCAGUUUGCGUAGAACCGUUAUGCUGCCAGGUGCAUAGCCCAGGAUUGAGAUCUGAGGACAAAGCAGGUUACUGGGGGGACUAUCGCGGUUGUGAUUUACCAUGGCAUUCGGUUGUUGACGUUUUAGAUCAUGUAGUUGAUCAACAUGGAGAUGUGGAUUUAAUAUACUUUACUGGCGAUAUAAUUAACCAUAAGGUAUGGAAAACUAAUAUAAAGGAGAACACAGAGGCAAUCAGCAAGGUGUUCAAGCAACUAAAGGAAACCUUUGGAAACUUGAAAAUUUAUCCAAUUUUAGGGAACCAUGAACCGCAUCCUGUUAACAUGUUUUCAUCGAAAUUUGUUGAUAACAAUCAUUCUCUAAGUACGCGGUGGAUAUUUGAGCUUGUGGCUGAGGAGUGGAGUAGGUGGCUACCAAAGGAAACCAAACAAACAAUUCUAAAAGGAGGGUACUACACUGUCCUACACAGACCUGGAUUCAGAAUAAUUGCGUUAAACAGCAACGUUUGCUAUACUAUGAACUUUUGGUUAUUCCACGAUGACGAGGAUCCCUUCGGGCAGCUACAAUGGUUGGCCGAUACACUAGCAAAAGCCGAAAAACUAGGGGAGCGAGUUCAUAUACUGUCGCACGUAGCCACUGGCGACGCGACCUGCUUACACAACUGGGCUGAAGAAUAUACUAAAAUCAUCUACAGGUUUUCACACAUCAUAUCAGCUCAAUUUAAUGGUCAUACCCACAAUGAUGACACUGUAAUCCUAUUUACGCAAGACAAGAAACCCGAACCGGUUAAUAUUGCGUUUAAUGGAGGAAGUCUUACGCCCUAUUCAGAUUUAAAUCCAAAUUACAAAGUAUACGAAGUUGACUCAAACACACAGAACGUGCUCGAUUUCGAUACGUGGUCAUAUAAUUUGACAGAAGCAAAUGCUGAUCCCCAGAUCUCUCCCCAAUGGAAGAAGCUUUAUAGUUUUAAGGAAUCAUUCGGUCUUUCCAGUGUAACACCAAACGACGUUGCAAAGCUGGUAGAGAGGAUGACUAAGGAUCCUAAGCUUACCGAAUCCUAUUUCAGAUUCCAAAGUCGUGAGGCGGAUUCCUCAUUGGCCCUGGGGUGCGAUAGUGACUGCGAAAUUGAAAAUAUUUGUUACAUGGUCACCUUUGUGCAUGGCAAAAAUUUUCAGUGCCAAACAUUUACGGAUAUGUACAACUCUAAUAGACCAAAACCGAAACCGACAUAAUGUAUUUUAAAGACACAGUAGUAAGUUGUAUCAACUGAAUUUGUG